AUGAACCACUGUUUACCAGAAGUUUGGCCAGUAUCCGGUAAACUGGGAAGGUUACUCUCAUUCCCAAAAGAUCUACAUGAGGGCAAAGAGCUUACCACUAGCGAGUGUGACCCGACAUUGUUACAAUUUCGAGUCAUGGUCGAUAGCUAUACCGACAGACCGAUGGGUAUGCCAAUUUUUGACAGCUAUCAAGUGAUGGUGCGGGCGAAUGUCCAUCUCGAUACUGACGUCGCAAAAUGGACGUUGCGAAAGUUAGAAAGUUAG